AUGUCAGCCUCAAAAGAAGAAAUUGCGUCCCUCAUUGUAAACUACUUUACCUCCAUUGUGGAAAAGAAAGAAGUCUCAGAAGACAGUGCUGAUUCAUUAAAUGUCGCUAUGGACUGUAUCUCUGAAGCCUUUGGCUUCGAGAGAGACGCGGUAUCAAGCAUCUUAAACAAGUCCACAUUCAAGGGCCAGAGUUUAAACAACCUACUAAGUUUAGGAUCAAAAUCCCCAGAAUCGGGUAAAAAGGAUGAUGCUCAAAAUGUCGAAGUUAACAUUCCAGAAGAAGAUGCCGAAACCAAGGCCAAAGCUGAAGACUUGAAAAUUCAAGGUAACAAAGCCAUGGCUAACAAAGAAUACGAACUUGCCAUCAGCAAAUAUACUGAAGCCAUCGACGUUUUACCAACAAAUGCUAUCUAUUACGCCAACAGAGCAGCAGCCCAUUCAUCUUUGAAAGAAUACGAUGAAGCGAUCAAAGACGCAGAAUCUGCAAUUUCUGUUGACCCAUCUUACUUCAGAGGUUACUCUAGAUUAGGUUUUGCCAAGUAUGCACAAGGUAAGCCCGAAGAAGCCCUUGAAGCAUAUAAGAAGGUUCUUGACAUUGAAGGCGAUAACGCAACAGAUGCCAUGAAAAGGGAUUAUGAAAGUGCUAAGAAGAGGGUCGAACAAUCUUUGAACUUGGAGAAAACCACUUCAGAACAACCAAGGGAUGCUGGCGCCAAUGCUGGUCAAGGUGCUGGUGCAGGCGGAUUACCAGAUCUAGGCUCUUUACUAGGUGGUGGUCUUGGUGGUUUGAUGAACAACCCACAAUUAAUGCAAGCUGCACAAAAGAUGAUGAGCAAUCCUGGUGCUAUGCAAAAUAUUCAAAACAUGAUGCAAGAUCCUAGUAUCAGGCAAAUGGCUGAAGGCUUUACUUCUGGUGGAGGAACUCCAAAUUUGUCUGACUUGAUGAAGAACCCUGCCCUUAGAAACAUGGCGGGCAGUCUAUUUGGUGGAGCGGAUGCCCCAUCUACCGAAGACACUCCAGACAGCGAAAACAAACAAUAG